GAGUAAUUUUAUCUUGAAAACUAUGGUGUUGUAUCGUCUUAGAAUCUUUCUUCUUUGUGGUUCUUAGUAACUGAGGUUUAGAUCCUAAUGGCAUGGGCUAAUAAUUUUAUCUUGUUCUACAUGCUAUUGUGUUAGCGUUGUCAGAAGGCAUUAUUGUCUUUGGUACUAGUUUGUUAUUUAUCUUUAUGUAAUUUUUUAUCCAUUUCAAGCAACUUAUUGCUCUAUAGGUGGAUAAGAUAACAUGAACAGGUUCUUCAUGUUCACUUCCCAUGUACUUAGGUGAACUCGUUUGUUCUGUUUGUCCUUUUGGAUUGCAGUUUGUUACAUGGUGAAAAAUAAGAUAAAUGAGCCCACUCAGAAAAUUCAGUUGAGUUCAGUGUUAGGCUUAUAGCGAUUUCAGUUACAAAAUUGCAAGGAUGCAGAAAGAGUGCUGUAAACACAAAUUUUCUGGCCCUAAAUUUUAGAUGCAAAUAUAUUGGCAGUUGAAUGGUUUACAUUGUUUUAUACUGACCCUAGAAAUUUUGGUGUGGUUAUUAUCAACAUAGCAUGAUGUACUUUUUUGGUGAGAUCAUUGCUGGUUUUGUGGCUAUUGCCAGCAUCUUUUAGAGACAAAAAGUGAUGAUAUAUAAAUAUGAAGGGGACACCAAGAGUGUACCACCCGAUUAGAGGAGAGGAAUUUACAACUGAAUUAUUGCUGUAAGUCAACAGAAUUUAAGUAGCCGAUCAUCAACUAAAAAGAAAAACACAGGUUUUGAAACCAUAAAUCCUUAUAUAUUGUUUUCAGUCUUGAAAGAGACCACUUUGCACAAAAGGUUCCAAAGUGCAUAUCCUUGAUGAGAUCAUAAGUGGGUCAAGACUCUUCUGGGGUUACAGAAGCUAAACUUUUAAGGUUCCUUGAGCAGUCCAAUGAAAUAAAGAACUAAUGAAAGUUCGGAUAAGGGGCAGUUUCUUGCAAUGUGCAAAAUAAAGCUAGAAUUGAGGGUUUAGUUUUUAAUUGAGUUUGUGACAAAGCGCGCAAUCUCUACGGACUUAUCAAUAGAAAGAACCAGCAACUUACACAGCUUGAAGAAGAACUUUCUGUUUUUUUUUUUUUGGGAUUUGCUAACUAUAUGUUGUGUUUCUUUUGUUUGCUGGGGAAUUCUAUGUCGUGAUCUUUUCUCAAAGUUAACUGGUUAGGAAACUAGUUAUAAAUUUAAGCUUAAUUUUGUUAAAUUUUUUAUUUCUCAUCGGUUGCAGGGUACUGUAAAUAUGACAUCUACGUAUGACAGUAGGACACAUGACCUGGAACAUUCCUUGGUCGCAAGGGGAGAUCUAUGGAGAGUGGAGGCAUCAACUGCUAGUUCCACUUCAGGAAACGACAAUUCAUCUCUCUUUCUUGUCCAGCUUGGACCGGUACUGUUUGUUCGUGAUACAACGCUUCUUCUACCAGUUCAUCUGUCAAAGCAACACUUGCUUUGGUAUGGGUAUGAUAGAAAGAAUGGUAUGCAUUCUCUUUGUCCGGCUAUGUGGUCAAAGCAUCGCAGGUGGCUGUUAAUGUCAAUGCUCUGUCUCAAUCCUUUAGCUUGUUCAUUUGUAGAUUUGCAAUUUCCAAAUGGGCAGUUUACUUAUGUCUCUGGCGAGGGAUUGACAACAAGUGCUUUUUUGCCUAUUUGUGGUGGUCUUCUUCAAGCACAGGGUCAAUAUCCUGGGGAGAUGAGAUUUAGCUUCUCUUUCAAGAAUAAGUGGGGAACACGUAUCACGCCAAUGGUGCAGUGGCCUGACAAAUCAUUUACGCUGAGUUUUUCUCAAGCCAUAGCUUGGCAGAGAUCUGGUAUCAUGAUGAGGCCAACCAUCCAAUUCAGUUUAUGCCCAACACUUGGUGGAAGCAGUCCUGGAAUGCGAGCAGAACUUAUUCACUCGUUGAGAGAAGAUCUGAAUUUGAUCUGUGGCUGUGCUGCAACAUCUCAUCCUUCGGCAUUUUUAUCAAUAUCGUUUGGCCGGUCUAAAUGGAACGGGAAUGUGGGGAAGACUGGGAUAGUUGUGAGGGCUGAUACUCCUCUUUCCAAUGUUGGCAGACCUUCCUUUUCUAUUCAAUUAAACAAUGCUAUUGAGUUUUGAUUGUUUCAGACCCACAUAGUUUUGGUGUAUAUAAAUCUAAACACAGUAGCACAUGUGCAUGUAUAAUGUUGCCUCUGUUGAUUAUGUAUCAAUCGCAUGGGUCUCCUCUUACCUA